GGUGUGGCCCAGGAUCCCGGGGAAGGAGGGGGGAGGGUGGCGUCUCUGCUCCUAGAGCUCUGGCCCGGCCCAGAGGGGACAGGAAGCCAGGACACCGGGGAUUGUCUCUUGCAAGCACAGCCCAGCCCCAGCCUGGGAGGAAGUUCUGCCGAGCGCUCUCCGCCGGUUAUAUUGUUGAACAGGAAACAGGGCACCGCGGGAGCAGGGCCCUGGAGCAGGCAGCACCGGACGGGGACCCCACGCGCGUCUGCCGGGACAAGUGGAAGCUAGGCGAGCCAGCGGGCGAAAGUUCUGAGCUCUGUUCUGCGCGGUUCCUUCCAUCUGUCCUUGGAAGUCCCGCCCACAGAGAUGGUAGAGACCUCACCUGCAACCCUCCGCCAGCCCCGCCCAUCCAGCCCUUGGACACCCUGAGACCCUCCCAGCUAACUCCCCGCAGGUCUAUGAGCCAAGGUUUCCCGGAGAGUAAAGUUGGAUUCCUAUAGUCCUCAAUUUCCUCACCGUGGGAUCGCAGCGAGACACAUACAAUCAACGUCACAGAGUGGAGCCUUAAGAAUGAGAGCCUUGGAGAUGAUUUUAUCCAAGUCCCCAUUUCAGAGAUGGAAAAACUGAAGCCCGGAUGCACUGUGCAAGGGCAGGAGAGGGACUCGAACCCUUGUCUUUGAGCCCCAGGCGUGGAGCUCUUCCCGGCUGCGCUGUCCUGACUUCGGCGGCUCCCCUUGUUACCCGCAGGAAAGCGCGGUGGCCGCGAUGGCGGCCGACGUCGAAGGGGACGUGUACGUGCUGGUGGAGCACCCCUUCGAGUACACCGGCAAAGACGGGCGCCGUAUCGCCAUCCAGCCUAACGAGCGUUACCGACUGCUGCGCCGCAGCACAGAGCACUGGUGGCACGUGCGGCGCGAGCCUGGCGGUCGCCCUUUCUACCUCCCCGCGCAGUACGUGCGCGAGCUGCCCGCACUCGGCGACCCUGCCCCGGCCCCGCAGCCUUCCGUGCCGCAGCCGCGCCCGGCAAUCCCGGAGCCUCUGACCUAUGACUACCGCUUCGUGAGCACCGCAGUGGGUGCCGAUGGGUCCUCCACCGAGCCCCGGGGCCGCGCCAGCUCCCUAUGUGGCCCUGCGCGACAGCGCGCCGGAGGCCAGCGCAGCAACCUGGCGCCGGGAGGUCCCGCCUGCCUGUACGUGCGGCCCGCAGCACCGGUGCGACCGGCGCAGUCCCUGGACGACUUGGCGCGUGGCGGCACCGCGCCCCCUGCCGGCCUCCUGGGCAGUGCGGGCCACUUCAAGGCCUCCAGCGUGGCGGGCUCCUGGGUUUGCCCUCGGCCCCUGGCUCGCAGCGACCCGGAGAACGUCUACGAGGCCAUCCCGGACAAGCGCUGCGCUCCGCGGGAGGAGAGAACCAAGCUGGUGGAUGACCCCCAGGAGCCAGUGUAUGCCAACGUAGAGAGGCAGCCUCGGGCUACUCCUCCUCCCUCUGCUGCAGCUCCUCCUCGGCUCAACCCAGUGUGGGAGACUCACACAGACACGGGCACUGGGCGCCCCUACUACUACAACCCCAACACGGGCGUGACCACCUGGGAGUCACCCUUUGAGGCCUCUGAAGGCGCCACCAGCCCCGCCACCUCCCGGGCCUCUGUGGGCAGUGGGGAGAGCCUGGAGACAGAGUGGGGCCAGUACUGGGAUGAGGAGAGUCGCAGGGUGUUCUUCUACAAUCCCUUGACCGGUGAGACGGCCUGGGAGGACGAGACUGAGGACCUGGAGGAGGACGAGCCCCAGGAGCAGCUGGAGAUGCAACCCAGCCUGAGCCCUCGGAGCCCUGGGCAUCAGAGGCCCCCGACUCCUGAGACAGACUACCCCGAAUUGCCGUCCGGUUACCCGGAAGAGGACUAUUCUCCUGUGGGCUCCUUCAGUGAUCCUGACCCUUCUUCUCCCUUGACGGCACCCCCUGGCUGGUCCUGUCACAUUACCCCAGACAAGCAGAAGCUCUACACCAACCAGUUCACUCAAGAGCAGUGGGUGAGGUUGGAGGACCAGCAUGGGAAGCCAUAUUUCUACAAUCCAGAGGACUCCUCUGUUCGGUGGGAGCUGCCCCAGGUCCCAAUCCCUGCCCCUCGAAGCGGUCGAAAAUCCAGCCAGGAUAGUGACACUCCAGUCCAGGCUAGCCCUCCAGAGGAGAAGAUCAAGACCCUGGACAAGGCAGGGGUGCUCCAUCGUACCAAGACAGUGGACAAGGGAAAGAGACUUCGGAAGAAACAUUGGAGCACCUCCUGGACGGUGCUGGAGGGAGGCGUCCUCACCUUCUUCAAGGACUCAAAGACCUCAGCUGCAGGCGGCCUGAGGCAGCCUUCCAAGCUCUCUACCCCUGAGUACACAAUUGAACUGAAGGGGGCCUCCCUCUCCUGGGCCCCCAAAGACAAAUCCAGCAAGAAGAAUGUGUUAGAGCUUCGAAGCCGAGAUGGCUCAGAGUACCUGAUCCAGCAUGACUCAGAAGCCAUCAUCAGCACCUGGCACAAGGCCAUUGCCGAAGGCAUCGAGGAGCUGUCAGCAGACCUGCUCCAGAGGGAGGAAGGCGAGCCCAGCAGUGUUGACUUCGGGUCCAGUGAGCGCCUCGGGAGCUGGAGGGAGGAGGAUGUGCGGCAGAAUGCAGCCUCACCCUUGCUGAGUCCCGGAGGCCUGGAGAGUGAUUUGAGCAGGGUCCGGCACAAGCUCCGCAAAUUCCUACAGAGGCGACCCACUCUGCAGUCUCUGCGGGACAAGGGCUACAUCAAAGACCAGGUGUUUGGAUGUGCAUUGGCUGAACUGUGUGAGCGCGAGAGGAGCCCGGUGCCACGCUUCGUGCAACAAUGCAUCCGCACUGUCGAGGCCCGGGGGCUGGACAUGGACGGGCUAUACCGCAUCAGUGGGAACCUGGCCACUAUUCAGAAGCUGCGCUAUAAGGUGGAUCACGAUGAGCGCCUGGACCUGGACGAUGGGCGCUGGGAGGACGUCCACGUGAUUACAGGCGCACUGAAGCUUUUCUUCCGAGAGCUGCCAGAACCCCUCUUCCCCUUCUCACAUUUCCACCAGUUCAUAGCAGCCAUCAAGCUGCACGACCCUGCCCAGCGCAGCCGCUGUGUGCGUGACCUGGUGCGCACGCUGCCAGUCCCCAACCACGACACACUCCGACUGCUCAUCCAGCACCUGUGCCGGGUGAUCGAGCACGGUGAGCAGAACCGUAUGACCGUGCAGAAUGUGGCCAUAGUGUUCGGGCCCACGCUGCUGCGGCCUGAGAUGGAGGAAGCCAGCAUGCCCAUGACCAUGGUGUUCCAGAACCAGGUGGUAGAGCUCAUCCUACAGCAGUGCACGGACAUCUUCCCACCUCACUGACUGUGGAGCCUGGGUGGCUGACCUCCUCUGAGGCUCUCCACCUCCCACCCCGCUACACUGUGACUUCUCCACCCCUCGAUUCGGAGGGUACGAGGACCCCCUUCAUGACCCCAGUUCAUGAAAUGUGAUUUCUCCCUGUUGUAGCCCCAUUAGGGGUUUAUUAGGGCCCUUUCUUGAUUACAGCGCCCCCUAUUUCGUGAAUGCGAGAAUGUGCCUGGAGGGUGAGUGCUAACUAGGGCCACUGCUGGGACAAAGGAUUGGAUGAAGGUGGUCUGGCUUCCUCUGACCUACACCUGGCCAGGCUUUAGUGGAGACCCUGUAGGUCCAGUGCUAUGCAGGAGGUCCUGCUCUGGUCAUGAAGCAGCUACUGACACGGGUCCCAGGACUUACUUACCCUGGCUGCCAGCCCAGGCCACUGACUGCUUCCUUCAGCGUUAUGGUCCUGUGCCCUAUGGUCCUAUUGCAGGCCACCCGAGGGCUUUUCCUGUGCUUUCCUCUCCUCCUGGGCCACACCUGUUCUCUACAAGUGUUCUUCAUGCCCAUCACAUGCUAACCCUGCACCUACUGCACAUGAUUCCAGGGAGCGGGCUUACAGAAGUCAAUUGACUUCAGGUUCCAAAGGUGAUCUGAACCCCCCAAAACCCAGCUUCUAGAGGAGGAAGUGAGUCCCUCUCCCACCCACCUGCAGAAGCACAACCUAUGGGCCCAGCAGAAUAAAUAUGCUGGAGCUCCCUGCAGGGCUAGAGAGUACCUUAAGGCAGCUGGGAAGCUUCCACAGCUGUUCUGGGAAGAACAACAGCAUAAACAGAAACCUCCAGGCGCUGCCCGAACCCUGGCUGGGUGCCGGCCUGGUACCCACUUGCCAUGCAGAGCCUCAGCAGAGAGAGUUGAACAUGUGUCUGUCAACUGUCCCUUCCUGGUGCACAAACCACCUCAGCUUAUGAUCCGAGCCUGUAGCUCCACCCACCCUUACUGACUCAACAAACAAUAAUAGCUAAUAUUUAUUGAGCAUUCCCACUACGGCAGCCUUUUACUCGGAUUACCCCUUGGUUUCUUGCAGUCAGUAUUUAUUGUGGACCCUCUGUGCCAGCCACGUACUCCUGGGACAGGGGUUCUGCGCAUGCUACCUGGAGCUUCGGGCCCAGUGUGUAAGACUGAUGCAAACUCAGCCCCGAUGGUAGCAGGGCCAAGAAGAGAACAAAUAGAGUCCUCUUGCCACACACCUACACAUUAAAGUCUUAAGGCAAACUAACAGCUGUUGAAUAAAAUACGUUUAUUCUCCUA